AUGGCCCCGCUGGUUACGACCAAGGAUGGAUUAAGCACUCUGUACCAAGUUAUUGGCCUGGUCUGCCAAACCUUUGUUUACGGGAUCUACGCGAUUCUAGUUUUAUUAUCUACUCAUUACAUGGUGAAAAAGAGCCUCAGAUCUCCCAUACGAAGAUACCUCUUUAUCAUGUCGUUAUUCAUGUUCCUCGUCUGUACCCUCUACUGGAUUUUUAAGAUUCUUCGGCUCGGAUACUAUUUCUAUGGAUUCUACAUGACAAGCCCCCCCACACCGCCCGCUAUCCUAGAUCCAAUCAAUCAUAUAGCCGUUGUUCUGGCGGCGGUGUGUACUAUCAACUACUUCCUCUCCGAUUGCACGGUACUCUGGCGAGCGUGGGUUUUGUGCAGAAUGGACAUCAAAUAUCUACUCUACAUCCCGCUCUUCUUCCUAUUCGCAUGCGCCUGCACCUGUACCGCCACUAUAGUGAUCCGAAUCACUAUCGAGUGCAUGCGCGUUGGGGAUGGUCCGGAGCCCCCACAUCUUACCCACGCGCUUGAUAUAGUUCAAGUCGGGAAUCUACUUUUUUCGUUAGUCGUCAAUAUAUUGUCUACGCUUAUAGUCGCGUUGAAAGCUUGGCGACAUCGACGGUGGAUCAAGCACGAUUUGGCUCUUGAUCAUCGCAAAACGAAGGCAGAGAAGGUCUUGGUUAUACUUGUCGAAUCAGGGUUACUCUACUCUAUAUGCGGGGUCAUUGCCCUCGCCUCCACUCUCAUUCGACUACCAAUUGGAACAUUGGGUGACAUGUACUCCCCUGUGAAUUUCCAAAUAGCGGGGAUGUAUCCCAUUCUCGUUCUUCUCCUAGUCAGUCGUGGAAACUCGUUGGAAGAAACUAGCGCUUUUCAAGGCGUCACGAUUGGAGGUACUCCUCAUCGGAGCCCUCCAAGAUCAUCCCAGCUCGAAAUUGAGACUAUGCAAUUCCGUGUGCAGACGAUCCAAACGGACUCGUAUGACUCGCGUACUACAGAGGAUACGUUAUAA